ACCUGGACAGAAUGGUGGACGUACGAAGGCGGCAUCUCAGGACCAGAAUAUUGGGGCAUAGUGAAUCCUGAAUGGAUAUUGUGUGGACGGGGCAAGAAGCAAUCGCCAAUCAACAUCGAGUUGGACCUGCUCCUCUUCGACCCCAAGCUAGAUCAACCAAUCUACAUAGAUGACAGUCAGAUCAAAGUGACCAUGACAAACACCGGACACCACUUGAUGGCCAAGAUUUAUUCACCGAACAUCACCAACGUCAACAUAUCUGGCGGACCUCUCUCCUAUCAGUACAGGAUCAGUGAAGUUAUAUUCCACGUUGGGAAGGAUGAUCGCGAUGGCUCGGAACAUUCUAUUCAAAAUGUUUCAUUUCCAGCUGAGAUCCAACUGGUUGGCUACAAUUCGGAUCUCUAUGGCAACUUGAGUCAGGCGCUUUCAUCUACAAACGGUGUCGUCAUCAUUGCUCUUCUCGUUCAGAUAAACGCAUCAGGCAACAGCGAGGUGGAAAAAAUAACUCAGCACGUCGAUCAGCUCAUCUUUAAAGGCAAUACGUUGGAGCUUGAUGACUGGUCCCUCUUCAACCUGCUACCUUUCGAAUCCAACUACAUCACAUACGAAGGUUCCUUAACGCACCCACCAUGUUUCGAAACCGUUACCUGGGUCAUUAUGAACAGACCUAUUUACAUGUCUGAAAACCAGUUACAAAAGUUGAGGAGUUUGAGGUCUGGGUCUGAAGAGAACCCCAAGGGCCCCCUGGUGGACAACAAUCGGGGGAGUCAGCCGUUGAACAGGAGACCACUGAGAACCAACAUCAACUUCAACAAUCCCGUCAGUUCAUUAUGUACAUCAUUCACUUUCAAACUCACAAUUUAA